GCGCGGUCUGAGCGCGACCGCCGCUUCCUGCCAGUCUCGCGGCUGCGGCGGCCGCUCGGCGUUGAAAGGGAAAAGGCGGCGGCGUGAGGGCGGGGAGAGGAAGAGAGGAGGACGGCCCUCGUCCGCGCGGCCGCUCCUGCCCCGCUCCGGUUCUUGCGGUUCCUGGGGCGGGGAAGGGCGGAGGGGGGGCAGGGUGAGGAGAGAGCGCGGCUGCCCGGCCCAGGCCGCCGGCUCGUCCUCGGGCGGCUUCGGCCUCCGUCCCUCCGCCGCCGGCACGGAGCUUGAGGCCGAACCGGGCGUUCCGGCCCGCAGAAUUAGAGAAUAAAAAUGGGGACUCCUGGAUCAGGACGGAAGAGGACUCCAGUGAAAGACAGAUUUUCUGCAGAAGAUGAAGCUCUGAGUAGCAUUGCCAGAGAGGCUGAAGCCAGACUUGCAGCAAAACGGGCGGCUCGAGCAGAAGCAAGAGAUAUACGUAUGAGAGAGCUGGAGAGGCAGCAAAAAGAGCUGGAAGAAAAGAGUGAAAAAUCACAUUCAGAAAUUUUUUCAAGGCCAUCGUCUCGCAAUUCAAUUCCUCUGAGUGGCAACUCAUCUAGGAGAGGAAGUGGAGAUACAAGCAGUUUGUUGGAUCCUGAUGCCUCCCUCAGUGAAUUACGGGAUAUCUAUGAUCUUAAGGACCAGAUACACGAUGUAGAGGGGAGAUACAUGCAGGGACUUAAAGAACUAAAGGAUUCACUAGCUGAAGUUGAAGAGAAGUACAAGAAAGCUAUGGUUUCCAAUGCUCAACUAGACAAUGAGAAAAACAACUUGGUGUACCAAGUGGAUACUCUAAAGGAUGUCAUUGAGGAGAAAGAAGAGCAAAUAGCGGAGUACCACAGGGAAAAUGAAGAGAAGUCAAAGGAAUUGGAAAGACAGAAACACACAUGCAGUGUUCUACAGCACAAGCUGGAUGAACUUAAGGAGGGCCUUCGACAAAGAGAUGAAUUGAUAGAGGAGAAUCAACGCAUGCAGCAGCAUAUAGAUUCCAUAACCAAAGAGGUGUUUGAUCUCCAGGAGACAAUUAAUUGGAAAGAUAAAAAAAUAGGGGCCCUAGAAAGACAGAAAGAUUACUUUGACUGCAUUAAGAAUGAGCGAGAUGAGCUCAGAGAGGAGUUGGCUGACCUGAAGGAAACAAUGAAGAGAGGAGAGAAACAUGGACUAGUGAUAAUCCCAGAUGGCACACCAAAUGGUGAUAUAAACCAUGAAUCAGCAGUUGGUGCAAUAACAGUUGUAUCACAGGAAGCUGCUCAGGUCUUGGAAUCUGCAGGAGAAGGACCGCUAGAUGUUCGGCUACGCAAAUUAGCUGGAGAAAAGGAAGAAUUACUGUCCCAGGUUAGAAAACUGAAGAUGCAAUUGGAAGAAGAGAGGCAGAAAUACUCUAAAAGUGAUGGCAUGAAUCCAGAUAUAGUAGGCUUAGAGAAUGGUUCUGAUUUGCAACUAAUUGAAAUGCAGAGAGAUGCCAACAGACAAAUUAGUGAAUACAAGUUUAGACUUUCAAAAGCUGAACAAGACAUAACCACCUUGGAACAAAAUGUUGGACGGCUGGAGGGACAGGUUGCAAGAUAUAAAAAUGCAGCAGAAAAUGCAGAAAAAGUGGAAGAUGAACUCAAAGCUGAAAAGAGGAAGCUUCAGCGAGAGUUAAGAACAGCACUGGAUAAGAUAGAAGAGAUGGAGAUGACCAAUAGCCACUUAAUGAAAAGGCUGGAGAAGAUGAAGGCAAAUAGGACUGCGCUUCUAUCUCAACAGUGAAGUGGAAAUUGAAAAUACAAUGCACUGCUCCUUGAAUAACUAGCCCCUAGCUCAUUUUUAAAUACAGACUUUCAUUGGCACACACUAUGUGAACACAGAGUUGUUCAGUGGUGUUUUAGUUUCAUAGUUAAAUGACAUACUACUUUUUGUAACUUAUGAGAAAAUGAAAUGUAGUUUGAAUUCCCUUGUGAGUAACAGCAAUUUUUCUGUAGCGUUUGAUUCUAGAGUCAGAGCUGGAGCACAAUGCUGUAUGUUCAACCUGGUGAUAGAGAACAUUUUCACAACUGUGGAAUCAAGUUUACUCACGAUCUCUUCUGGCUGCUUUAAUGAUGCUUGAUGCUCAGAGACAACUGCAUGAAUUCAAGAAGACACUGUAUUAUAAACUUAACAUACGUUUGCUCAAGACAUCACACAGCACAAGUGCCUUUUAUCUGGUGCAAUUUAGACUUCAUUGUUGAAAUAACCCUUGAAAUCAGAUAACAUUUUAUUUUAAGAUACAUUUGGGGUGUUCACUGAACUUUAUACAUUUUGAAAAUGCAUUUUUGUAAAAUAUUUAAAUUUAUAAGAAAAUAAAUAGGGACUGUAUAUAAAAAUCUGCUUUUUUUUUUUUUUUGCAUGGGCACAUCUGAGUGCUAGAUAAUUUUGUCAAAUACUAGCCCUUGAUGCUCUUAGUUUAAGAGUACAGAUUUUCAGACUUUCGUUGUGUACCAUCAAUUUGUCAUCUGCUGCUGAAGUGUGAACUGAAAUUUUAGGGUGGGAGGAAGGGUUGGGAAAUGUGGCUAAGGAGUUAAUUAAAUGGACACUUUACUGACCAAAAGCAGAUGCUUUGUGUUUUCUUUGAAAUGCUGAGGUUACAACAGAAUAAAGAAAGUCUUCACAGAACAGUGAAUUUUGAUCUUCAUA